CGUUUUAUAUUAUUGCAAAAAAAAAAAGAUUAAAAGUUAAUUUAGAUAAACUAUUUUAUCUGUUUCAUUAUUAAUUUAUUAUACUAACAGCUUUAACGCUCUAAUUAUAUCCAUCAAAUAUACCAUUUUGAAAAGAAUAAUUGAGGAUAAUAAUAUGGUCCAUGCAACUCCUAUAUAAACGUAUACGUAGAGGAAUCAUCUUCCAAUUCAACAACACAACACCCAAAAGAAAACAAAAAACUUCCACUUCAAAGCCCUAACUCAUUAGUUCAGCACAAGGAACACAAAACCCAUUGAUAAAAAUGGCUGAUACCCAAAAUACCAUUUUCGUCUUCCAACCUGACCAGCAGAAUCUGGCACCUCAACCUCUGACUCCAUUCUCUGCCGUGACUCCUCACCGUGCUACAGCCUCACGAGCACGCCGCCUCAUCUCUACCACAACCCUCGAAAUGAUUCUUGAGGAAGAUACCUCACCGGAAGAAGAUCGUCCUAGCACUGUCGCUGAGAUGGAUACUCUUGCGGUAUUCCCGGCGACAUCUUGUUUCUUGAUGGCCAAUAAACAAGUCGCUUUCAUGUUAUACGGAAGCUGCAAGUGCCCUUGAUAAUUUUCACUUCAAAGCGACUUAAGAUUAAGAAUGGUGUAUUUAUUUUCUUGUACUAGUCAAAUUAGUAAUAUCUGAUAUCAUGUCAGUUAUGGGUCGAUGCUUUGUUUUUACAGAAGUUUUUUUCUGUUACACGGAAGCUGCAAAUGCCCUUGAUGUUUUUUCACCACAAAGCGGUUAUGGUGUGUUUUGGUUUUCUUGUAAUAAUCAAGUUAGUGAUGUCUGAUGUCCGAUAUUGCAUGAUGCUAUGUUUUAAUAAAUUUGAAUCAACUUUCUCCGCU